AUGGAAGACUGGCAUCAACUGGGCGCAGCCAAGUUGUUUAAAGAGUUAACCCUGAAGGAUGCAGAGAAAGCCUUAACAGACGAUAUAAAUCGUUUGGUGGACACCAUCCCUCCGAAUGAUAUCGAGGAAAAGAACAACUUUCGGACACAGAUGGACGGCUUUCAACAGCUUUUCCAGCGAUACUUGCAUUCGACUUCCGAAGCAUUUGAUUGGAAGAAAAUGGAACCGGUACCACCAGAAUGCAUGAAAGCCUACUCCAAGUUGACCACACCAAGCGACAGAGAAACCAUUCAAAAGCAACUGAAUAAAUUGGUUGUGGUCAAACUGAACGGUGGUCUUGGAACUACGAUGGGUUGCACCGGUCCAAAAUCCCUCAUUUCGGUCCGAAAUGAUCUGACAUUUCUCGAUCUCAAUGUUCAACAGAUUGAGGUGUUGAAUAAUAACUACGGAGCCAAUAUACCACUGGUCCUAAUGAACUCGUUCAACACCAAUGCUGACACAGAAAAGGUAUUAAGAAAAUACCAACAAGUUAACGUGGAAAUCGUGACUUUCAUGCAAAGCAUGUGA